UAAAGGACAUAUGGCCGGCUCAUGUUUCUACUUGGAAGUCUCUUCCCUGAGAAGUGUCGAUAAAAUUAGUAAGAAAACAACCACCAGUGCUCCUAUAUAGAGAUGUGAGUUUGGUUGGCAACAGAGUCAAACCUUUAAGUUUCACGCAGCAUGAGAGGAGAUCAAAACGUCACUGGACAUGGAACUGUGUGAGGAGAAAACAGAGAUCAGGAUCAUGGUAUCAGCCAAGCAAUCCGAAGGAUUCUGUGAAACUGAGAGCCCCACUGCGUCGAGCUGGUCCUGGACACAGACCAUGAACUACGUGGGGCAGCUGGCCGGACAGAUGUUCGUGCAGGUGAAGGAGCUCUACCGCGGCCUUAACCCUGCUACCCUGUCCGGAUGCAUCGACGUCAUUGUGGUACAGCGGGCUGAUGGAUCCUUCCAGUGCUCCCCGUUCCAUGUGCGCUUCGGGAAGAUCGGGGUGCUGAGGUCACGGGAAAAAGUGGUGGACAUCGAGAUUAAUGGGGAGCCUGUGGAUUUGCACAUGAAGCUGGGCGAGAAUGGAGAGGCCUUCUUUGUCAAGGAGGCGGAGAAUGACCAGGAGGUGGUGCCCUCCUACCUGGCCACGUCCCCUAUCCUCACUGACGGUGCUGCCCUCAUGGAGGCCCAGCGGGGUACUGGCCUGGCACGCCACUCUGAAUCUGGGUCCCCCGUCCACGGCCUGGGCCCCUCGCAGAUGACAGGGGAGAAUGAGACCCUGAAGAAGAGGAGGAGAAGACGGAGGAAGACCAAAGCUGACACCAUGAAGCGGGAGGACAACGGGAAAUACUCUGAGGAUGAGGACAUGUUUACACUCGAUUUGAGCUCCGAUGAGGAGACAGAACCGAACAAUGACAGGGCCUUGAUGCGUGAUGUUCACACAGAACCGGGACGUAUGGGAGACCUUCCCAACAGUACUUUCAAACAAAGCACAGCGUACUUACGCCCCAAAGGAGACUCCUUUCCUCUGCAGGGCAAGACAGUUGAGCACAAACAUCAGACAUGUCCUCUGCCUAUUCCCAUCAGCGAGGGGCUGUCUGCAUCAUGUCCUCCGCAGUCUUCUCUCUUUCAGCCUCCAAACAGCGACUCCUGGUCCUCCACGCCCAAGAGUGACUCAGAGCUGGUCACCAAGCCCUCGGACAAAGACAAACGGGACAACCCUGAGAUGUUAUGGACGUGGGGAGAGCUUCCCCAUGCAGCCAGGCUGUCUUUGGUCCCAGUUGAGGCGGAGGUUCAAACGCCAGCCCCCCCUGUGUCUGUCCCAGUGUCUGAGAGCACGCACUUCCGGGCCAUCUCCGGGGAAUUUGCUCCUGAGCACCCCCCCUUCGUCCCCUCGAUGCCUGAGGCUAGCGGCCACGAAGCCGUAGGGCAGGAAGGGGAGGGGACAGUCGCCGCCCCCCACCCACUCUCUGAGCUGGAUGAGGUCGGGGACAGUCAGGUGUCCUGGCCAGUCAGCAAAAUCGACUCGCCCUCGAAAAAGAAAGACAAACGGAGUCGACAUCUGGGGGCAGACGGUGUUUACCUGGAUGACAUCACCGAACUGGAACCUGAAGUGGCUGCUUUGUACUUUCCUAAAAAUGAUGGGGGAGGUGCUGUCAGAAGUGGCUCCGAGUGUGGACCCAGGAGUGCCAGCCAUUCUCCACAGUCGGUUAGCAGCUCUGGCAUGGACAGUGGUGUUGAUAGUUACUCUGACCAGAUAGGAGACCUGCCCUCUGUCGCCAUCUCCCUGUGCGGGGGACUAACUGACAACAUUGAGAUUACCCAAGAACAGUUUCAAGAAAAGGCGGUGUCUUACCAUCAGUUCGCGGAAAAUCCUGCACUCAUCGACGACCCGAACUUGGUGGUGAAGAUUGGAACCAAGUACUACAACUGGACCACUGCUGCUCCUCUGAUGCUGGCUAUGCAGGCCUUUCAGAAGCCCUUGCCUAAGGCCACGGAGGAGAACAUCAUGAAGGAGAAGAUGCCAAGGAAAGGCGGCCGAUGGUGGUUCUCGUGGCGCGGGAGGAGCAGCGGCUCAAAGUCGGACACCUCUGCGGAGCAUGUCAGUGAGGACAGAGAGCAGCCUGGGAGUAGUGACCCUAUACACAGGCAUAAAGACGAAUCGUCCUCCAGUGAUGAGGAACACCAAGGAGCUAAAUCCAACCCUUGUUCCAUCCAGCCUGAGGCCUUGCUUCCUCCAGGGGGAACUUGCUACAAAAAGACGCUUCGUCUGAGCUCUGAGCAGCUGAGGAGUCUGCAGCUGAAGGAAGGACCCAAUGAUGUUGUCUUCAGCGUCACCACACAGUACCAGGGCACUUGUCGGUGUGAGGGCACCAUUUACUUGUGGAGAUGGGAUGAUAAGAUUAUCGUUUCUGACAUUGACGGCACCAUCACCAGGUCUGACACCCUUGGGCAUAUCCUUCCAACAUUGGGUAAAGACUGGACACACCAGGGCAUCGCUCGCCUAUACCACAAUGUUAGCCUAAACGGAUAUAAGUUUGUGUACUGCUCUGCCCGGGCCAUCGGUAUGGCGGACAUGACUCGAGGGUACCUGCACUGGGUGAAGGAGAGGGGCACCAUGCUACCACAGGGCCCCGUCCUGCUCAGUCCCAGCAGUCUCUUCUCUGCCUUACACAGGGAAGUCAUUGAAAAGAAACCAGAGAAAUUUAAAAUUGAAUGUCUGACUGAUAUUAAGAAUCUGUUCCAUCCAAACACUGAGCCCUUCUAUGCAGCGUUUGGAAACAGAGCUACGGAUGUUUAUGCAUAUAAGGAAGUUGGAGUUCCUUUAAAUAGAAUAUUUACAGUCAACCCAAAAGGAGAACUAAUUCAAGAACAUGCCAAGACAAAUAUUUCAUCGUACGGGCGCCUGUGCGACGGGGUCGAUCACGUCUUCCCUCCCAUCAGCGAUGGCAAAUUCUCUGACCCGUCCUUUUCUGACCCCUUUGGUCAGGUGGGCCACAGUGCGGAGCAGGAAAUGCAGUGUCCAGCACAGUGCACUGGCGAUAACCCAGAUCCACACACUGAAGCCAUUUGACCAAAUGGCCAGGCACAUAUAUCGGAAAAUGCAGGUCGAUGUGUGGAGAGCAGCUUUUCACUGACUUAUUGCAGAACUGUGCCGUUUAAUGAACGUGUGAACACAUACAUACAUGUACAAGUGAUUGCCGCAUAAACAAACCGACACACACAAACAAAAGACAAACACUCUGUCUCAAUAUGUGAGACUUGGGUUUCAGGGUCACAUUGCAUCACUUUAGCAUCAUCAUUGCAGUUGCAAGUGAAUUGUGCACAUUUGUCAUUUUAAUUUUGUUCAUUACCAAUUUUGUCGAUGCUGAGAAAUUACUCUGUUACAUUUUGUUUCAUAUAGCUAUUGCUCUGAAAAAUUACCUUUAAACAGGAUACUGCUGCAACAUCUGAAAAACAAUAUAUAUUAUACUAUAUAUAGGUUCAUGAAAUUCCUCCAUUAUCAUUUGCAGGGUUACAACAUACUCAGUCUUGGUUUGCGAUGGUUGGCAUCAAUUAACAUAUCAAUAGCAUGCACCAGGCACUGUUACUUUGAGUAACAGUAGAGGAGAAACACUUACUAAAUGACACACAUUAGCAAUGCACAAUCACGUGAGUAAGUUAAGCAAGUACUGAAGACAUAAUGUACUUGCUAAUUUAAGGGAAACUCAGGACUUUAUAGAUUUUCAAGUCAGAUUCAGAACAAUGUUUGUCUGCUGUCUUCUCCUCCUUCAUGCAGAUGAGAUGAUUUUCUGUAUUUAAAUGACAUCAACUUACCCAGAUGACGUUUUUUCACCUGGUGGUAGCAACACUGACAUUUCUAAUAUUUCACCUGAAUUCAUUUUAUAUAUUUUGUGUGUGUGUGUAUAUAUAACUAUUUCUCAAGCCUUGCUUAGAAAAAUUAUAUCUAUUUAAAUUCAUAACGCAAUAUUAUUUAUGAAAUAAAUUAUGAAGCAUUUGCAUUUUUAAAGAUAAUUGUGCCAACAUGUGACCAUAAUGGGAACCUGCAGUGUUCACUGUAUUUUAGUCAGUUUAAGUUUAAUGGGACAUGCAGUUUAUUUAGAGAACAAGCCGUAGCAAACAGAGUAGAGUAUAGGUUUAUUUUUGGAUAUUGAAAAUUUGGCUAACUAGUGAUUAACUGCAGAGUUGUUUUUGAGCUGUUAAGAGAUUCUUUGUGUAACUGUGAUGUAUAAAGCCAGUUGUUUAAGAUUUCAUUCUUAUGUCAGUCUUGUGCAACAUUAACACAAAAAUGAUGGAAACCCUUGGCAGCGUUUGCAUCUAUAGCCUUUUCUUGUGCGUUGCUACAUGGAUAAUUAAGGUAACAAUUAGCUGCUGAUGGAUAGUGUGCAAACACACAGUGGGUUAGAGAUGGUAGGCAAUGUGAUCUGACCAAACGGUGACUUCAAAUAAUCAGGUGAAUGCUGGGUUACAGAAGCUCAUAGACCCUUCAAGCCUUGUAUGUAAUGAUCAGCCUUCCCUGUCCGAGGAAUGACCUCGCCAGUCAAAGGCCUGUCAGAUAGAAGAAGCAGAAUCACCCUGUUGUGUGAAAUUGUUUUUCUCAGAGUUCAAACUUAUACAUUUUCCCUUUAACACUUGAACACUAGUGUGCAUUGCAUCCUUGUCUGUAUGUAUUUAUAUGUUGUGUGUACAAAAACAUGUAAUACAUUCAUUGAGUGUGUAUUGUUUAUGAUAAAUGUGCAUACCAGAUUGGUGAAUUCCACAUUGUUUUCUGAAGUGUACUACUUUAAAUGGCAUUGGACAGCCAUUGAUCUUUUCUUUUAUCAUAUUGAUACUUGAUUAUGAUUCAUUGCAUAGUAAUAGUAGCUGAGUAGUUAAAUUGUACUUUAAGUGAUCAUGUUCCUAGUCAUAUAAUUUACUUUAUUGUUCAUUGUUGAGUUCUUUAAAAAUAUGUUCAUUCAUAUUUUCCAUUUUUGCAGAGCUCAGCCCUUAGUGUUAUUUUGCCUACGUUACUUGCCAGAUCUGCACCUUCACCUUUGUUUUCCAUAAUGGCCAUUUUAUAUUAUAAUGCAGAUGUAAUUAUAUUUGUCAUUUGUAGAAGCACAAGUACAGAGGAAUUCUUCUGUUUUCAUAUAUUACAUCUUGCUCACCUAAGAGGGUGACAUUUGGUUAAAGUGCACAAGCACUUUUUGGGGUUAAGGACUUUGCUCAAGGGCCCAACAGUGAUAUGAUCAUUCUGGUGGCCGUGGGAUUCAAACCAACGAGGAGAACAGACCCCCAACCCCAUAGAGGCACAAACCACCCACAAUUAUCACAUUCUUUCUGUGAAAGAGCAGAAUAAAGAAAGAAAAAAAGUCAUAAACUUAAAUGAUUUAUCUAUUAAUUAAUUUCAGAUGUAUUUAGAUUAUUGUAUUGUGAAAUGUUAGAUUGUCAAAUAUUUGUACUGUUAUUUGUGUCAAUAAAUAUAAGCAAUAAUUAUUAGCA